GCAGAACCGCGGGCACAGAGUCACCUGGCAAGUCAGCGGGCACCGAGUCACCGGGCAUGUCAGCGGGCACCGAGCCAUCUAGCAGAACCGCGGGUACCGGGUCACCAAGCUCGUCAGCGGGCACCGAGUCAACUGGCACGACAGCGGGCACCGAGUCACCGGGCAUGUCAGUGGGCACCGAGCCAUCUAGCAGAACCGUGGGUACCGGGUCACCAAGCUCGACAGCGGGCACCGAGUCAACUGGCAUGACAGCGGGCACCGAGUCAUCUGGCUCGACAGUGGGCACCGAGUCAACUGGCACGACAGCGGGCACCGAGUCAUCAGGCACCAAGUCAUCCGGCUCAACAGCGGACACCGAGUCAACUGGCACGACAGUGGGCACCGAGUCAACUGGUACGACAGCGGGCACCAAGUCAACUGGCACGACAGCGGGCACCAAAUCAUCAGGCAUCGAGUCAACUGGUACGACAGCGGGCACCAAGUCAACUGGCACGACAGCGGGCACCGAAUCAUCAGGCAUCAAGUCAUCUGGCUCGACAGCGGGCACCGAGUCAACUGGCACCGAGUCAACUGGCACGACAACGGGCACCAGGUCAUCAGGCAUCAAGUCAACUGGCAGG